AUGGGUGAACCGGUCCAAAAACCAAUUCUGGGCGUCGGGCGGUUCGCUGGGUUGAACCGGGAAUAUUCUGUGGAAUAUUCUAUCGGCUCGGCUCCGGCUAAUAGCGGCUCGGCUUGCAAAGGGAAUAUUCUCGGGAAUAUUCUUCGGCUCGGCUGGAGGCUUGGCUUGAGGCUUGGCUCGAUUGAGUUUAGUAUUCAACACUCUGGUCUUCUUUCUUCUUGGGGAAGUGACGAAGGAGAGAAGAGUGAUUGCUGUAAAUGGGCAGGAGUUGGUUGCAACAACAGAAUUGGUCGCAUCACCAUGCUUGAUCUUCAUGGUUUGGCUGUGGGAGGUAACAUUACCGAUUCAUUACUUGAGUUGCAGCAUUUGAAUUAUUUAGACCUUAGUGAUAAUAGUUUCUAUGGGAAUCCUUUCCCAAGUUUUGUUGGCUCCCUCAGGAAAUUAAGAUACCUGAGUCUCUCCAACAAUGGUUUAAUCGGAAGGCUGUCAUAUCAGCUUGGGAACCUCUCUAGCCUGCAAUCUCUUGAUCUCAGCUAUAAUUUUGUUGUUAGUUUUGAAAGCCUUGAUUGGCUUUCUCGUCUUUCUUUUUUGGAGCAUCUUCACCUGACUGGAAAUCACCUUACCCAAGCCAAUGAUUGGAUGCAAGUCGUUAACAAGCUCCCUCGCCUAAAAGACUUGCAGUUAAGUGAUUGUAGCCUUUUAAGCAUCGUUCCUCCAGCUCUUUCUUUCGUCAAUUCUUCAAGAUAUCUUGCUAUCCUUGAUCUUUCAUUCAACCAUCUUUCUUCAUCAAUAGUCCCCUGGUUGUCCAACUCCAGUGAUAGCCUUGUUGAUCUUGACCUAUCGGCCAACCAGUUACAAGGUUCUAUUCCAGAUGCUUUCGGGAAAAUGACUUCUCUCACGAAUCUUCAUCUUGCCGAUAAUCAACUUGAAGGAGGAAUUCCAAGAUCCUUUGGAGGAAUGUGCAGCUUACGUGAGCUAGAUUUGUCCUCCAACAACCUCAGUGGACCCCUUCCCAGGUCUAUUCGAAAUAUGCAUGGAUGCGUAGAGAACUCGCUGAAGAGUUUGCAAUUACGUGAUAACCAACUUCAUGGUUCUUUGCCUGAUUUUGCAAGAUUCUCUUCCGUUACUGAAUUGGACCUCUCUCAUAACAAAUUGAAUGGAUCUUUACCAAAGAGAUUGAGACAACGUUCUGAACUUGUUUCCUUGAACUUGAGUGACAACCAACUCACUGGAUCACUGCCAGAUGUUACGAUGCUUUCAUCAUUGAGAGAGUUCCUUAUAUAUAACAAUCGAUUAGAUGGGAAUGUUUCUGAAAGUAUUGGAAGCUUAUCUCAGCUCGAGAAAUUGAAUGUUGGGAGGAAUUCUCUGCAAGGUGUGAUGUCUGAAGCUCAUUUCUCAAAUCUAUCCAAAUUACAGGAAUUGGAUUUAUCUCAUAACUCUCUGGUGCUAGAUAUCUCUGGUACUGGAAUUUCUGAUACAAUCCCCAAUUGGUUUUGGGAUCUGUCUAAUUCCAGCUUGACCCUCUUAAACUUUUCCCACAACAACAUGCGAGGUAUGUUGCCUGAUUUGUCAUCAAAAUAUGCUGAAAUUGUUGGGGUAGAUUUGAGUUCCAACCAGUUUGAGGGCCCGUUACCAGCUUUUCCUUUACAAACAAUUGCCUUAGAUCUCUCUAACAAUAUGUUUUCAGGGCCAACUUCUGCUAUAUGUAAGAUUGCAGGAAACAAACUAACCGGAGAAAUUCCAGAAGAGAUAACAAGUCUCUUACAAUUGGUUGCACUGAACUUGUCAGGAAACAAUUUGACCGGAGGUAUCCCUCUCAAGAUUGGGCAGCUGAAACAGUUAGAAUCUCUUGAUUUGUCAGGAAAUCAGUUGUCAGGAGUGAUUCCAUCCAGCACCGCUUCUCUAAGUUUUUUGAGUUACUUGAACCUCUCCUCCAAUAACUUGUCUGGGAAAAUUCCAUCAGGCACUCAGCUGCAAACCUUUAAUGCUUCAGCAUUUGCCGGUGCUUUACUGCUAAAGCGUUCUUGGAGACAUGCCUAUUUCCGGUUUUUGGACGAAGCAUGGGACUGGAUCUACGUGAAAAUAGCUGUGCAGAAGGCAAGACUGCAGCCUAUAUAUCAGAGACUCCUGUCUUAG